AAAAAAGAAGUAGAGAAGAAAAAAGCAACAAAAACAUAAAGAAAAAAAAAACAAAUAGAAAAAAAUGAGGUGUACAACAACGGUGACUCUGGUGGCUAUGAUCAGCGUUUUCGCAUUGGUCAACUCUUAUCCUGUGGCACAAGAAAAAGGUUUUCGAUCAGAGGCUCUCGAUCGCUUGUUAAUGAUCGAAGCGGACAAGGAAGCUGCACUGAGGAAUAAAAGGACGAUCGGUAUUCUUCGACAACUAUUUCCAGAUAUUACCCAGGACGUGAAUCCUGAGGCGGAGAAUCGGGUAAACGAGGUUGGGUCUGAGUCACAGAACAACGAGGUACGAGUGCAAUUUGCCGACGAACAAUCGGCGAACGAGGCAGUGCCAAAUUUAACACCUUUGGAAGACGUCGAAAGCAGUGACGAUGAGAACAGAAAUAAAAGGUUCUUGAACUUUGGAUUUGGGGGGAGCUCAGGUGGCAGCGGAGCAGGCUCUGGCAACUUCCUUUUUGAUAUAAUCAGGCAAGCAGCCGACGGGGCGGCAAGAGCGGCGGGCACGGUUUACCGCGUGGUCGCCGGCACUCAGAGCUUAGGGCUCGGUCUAAGUGCUUCGCGAGACGUCGCUGCCGCCGCCCCAGCUGCUGCUUCUGCAUCUUCAUCACCAUCACCAUCAUCAUCUUCUUCUUCUUCUUCUUCUUCUUCUUCUUCCUCGACCCCUGGUGCAUCUUCCUCGAUGGCCGAUGCAUCCUCAACAGCCGCCCCUCAGUCAGCAGCACAGUCAGCCACUCAACCACCAUCGAUGGUAGCAGGAAGUGGAAGUCAAAGCAAUGCGUCAGGUGAUGCUUCUGCUGGAAGGGGGGAUGGUACGCAGGAAGCUAUACCUGGACCAAUCACAAGGCUCUUUGUUAUUGCCAAUAGAGGAAUUUCAAAUCUUCUUCAAGAUCUUAUACUCCGCUUGGCUGCCACGAGCGAACGUAUCGUCAACUUCAAGGCACGAUUGAUCACCUCGAUUAUCUAGGAUCGUGCAAGAAGUAGGAUACAGAUCUAUAAGAAACAAUCGUGAAAGUCUUCGUGAUAAAAUUACGUAGCACUAGUCGCGAUACAAGAAAGCCAACCCUGCCGGAGGACCACGGGGUACGACGUUGACAACAUUAUCGACAUAUAUAUUUUCUCUCUCUCUCUCUCUCUCUCUCGUUCUUUCUUAUACUGAAUUUUUAUUUUUUUAUUUACGAUUUCCUUACAUUUUCUAUACGUCGAAUGUUGUCCCCUUGUCCCUGAGAUCCAAAAAAAAAAAAA